AUGGAGAAGAGCUUCAAGCGGCGUGCGAAAAGAAAACUGGGCAGGGAUCCCGUCGAUCCGAUAUCCAAGAAGCAAGACUGGAGCGAGAAGGUCUUGAACAGGCGUGAAUGGAAACCGUCGAAGGAAUACAAUGGGUCAAAGGUGCGCAACGUUCCGUUUAGCGCUGCGGAGAACGAAAAAAUCCGCAAGGCGAUUCAAGCUUAUUGUGAAGAGGAAGGACUGGACUACGCUGCCGCGUGCGAAACGUUGCACAAGGAAAAGAGAGGCGGCGCCUGGGGACGCAUAGCGUUCUUUGCUGAUCUUCCCCAACGCAGGACCUGGGCCAUCGUGCAACGGGCGAAGAGGAUUCUCUGGGGGCCUCAUAGGUGGUCGCAACUGGAAUUGCAGACCUUGAUGGACGAGGCUUGCACAUCUGCGAAGCCGAGGCCAUUCCGUGUUAGAUGCGUGCGUGACUUAACCGGUCGUUUCCGACAAAAGCGCGAAGAGAAUGCAAGUGCAUCGGCUGCCAGUUGGGUCCGGAUCUCGAACCUUAUUUCGGUGAACCCGAAUACGGUGCGUGACAAGUGGCGCGAGAUGUGUGGUGGUGAGAAGGUGAAGGGCAAGUUCUCACAGGCCGAGGAUUGGAGGCUGCGCAUGGCGAUCUGCCAAGCAACCCAGAGCCUUCUCCCGACGAAGAACAUCCCCUGGACUACAGUCCAGAAAUGGAUGCCACACCGGGGUUACAAGAUAUUGAUGCAACGAUGGUACCAGUACCUCAUGCCGCGCUUGUCUGCCUACAAGGACAAGUAUGGUAUGCCCGUGGAGCCAGAGCUUUUUGUGCGACAUCUCUUGCGCAAGCUUCGAAAGAGUGACAUCGACGAUCCGAGGGAGGUGGAAUGGACGUGUGUCAACAUCUGGUGGUCUGCGUCAAUGAACCGAAACAAGUGGCGGGAACUUGCAAAGAGAGUUCCGUCAGACCUACGCCAAGCAGGUAUGCAACAGCAGGUAGAGUGGUGGUACGAGGCCCUUGAGUGCAAGGGCCAUCGCAAACGAGACAAAGAAGUGCUCAAGAACGUCGUCUCCGUGCUGGAGGCGGAGGCCAUGCAGGAAGACUGCGAAAGCGAGGCCAUGCAGGAAGACUGCGAAAGCUCCGAGGACAUGCAGGAAGACUGCGAAAGCUCGUCAGAGCGGCAGCCAAAGAAAGCGCCGCAGCAAGCGACAGCUCGAAAAACGUGGUCGAAGAAGGGUGAGUUCACGAUACCCGGGAAUUUGUACGAGGAUGAGGCAGCCACACUCGCACAGGGUGCUGAGGGCCGAAGCACACGGUUCCGACAGAACUUGAAACAUGAUGAAAAAUCCUACUCCGCAGCAAACGGAAACUUGGACCUGCGCACGACUAACUGUGCAAGGGUUAAUGUGAGGGGUGAGGAUUCUUGCUGCACCCGAUCCGCCAACAGCGUAAUGCGAGAUCGCCGACGGACUUUAAAGCUACCUCGAUUCAUCGCAGAUCAUCGUCGCUUCAUCCGAACUGGGUUCUUCACAGAUGAUGCAGACUUCCUUGAUCCAGAGGCUCCACUCCUGGCGGAUCGUGUCAAUGAGCGCUGGCGGCAUAUGGAUGAUCCCACUUUACAGAACAAGGUCCUGGAGCGCAGCAAUGUGGGUAUGGGCAUGUUGGUGCUCAACCGCGCUGAAGGCCUCGACCUCCCGACCGUGAACGAGCUGUACAAGCGCUUGAGAAAUCUGGAGGUGAACAGCCUGAAGAGGUUUGUUGGGCUCACGGCUACCGAGGAGUCUUGCCCAAAAGCCGAUGCAGUCGAAGACGAGAACUUUCAGAGUUCGCUGGAGAGUGGAGAUCGAAGCCACAAUAGCCUUGCGACGGGCCGCUUUUGCAUCGGCUUGGAUCCCAAGGAAUUGCUUCUUGCAGCUGUCUACGCGCAGAAGCAUGGUGAUCUUGCUCCCUUUUCAAAGGCUUUGCUGUGGAACAGCCAGGAAUUGUCAUUCCUCGUGGCCGACUAUCGGAAGCCUUUGGUGUGCCAUCUGAGCGGAGCAGCGCGGGACGGCGGCACGGCACUGGCCGGUCUGGCGAGCUACUCUGGUGCAUACGACGCAUCCGAAAUCUCCGUCCGUUCCUGCUUCCACGGCCUGGUGCCAAUGGGAGGCAUGACUGCUUUGCUCGGAUCCUUGAAGUGGCACCUGGGAGAGUUCCUUGCACUCACCGGUUGGACGCUCCGUGGCUCCGAUUUGGUUGCUCUGGGACUGGUCAGGCACUGGAUGUCGCCGGAUGCCCUGCCUUUUCUGGAGCUGACCGCAGAGAAACAGUUGGAGGUGUCUGAGAGCGAUGCUGCCAUGCUGUUGACGGAGCACUCAUUGCCACUACCGGAGAGUAGCCUGCUUUCCGGCCAGCAAGAUGCGCCGGGUUUCAAGCGAAGUUACAUUCCAUUGAUUGCAGAGAUCUUCAGCCAACCAUCCCUGCCGAAAGUCAUGGAGGCACUGGAGGAGAAGACCAAACAGCUUGAAACGGUUCAGAACAGCGCGUUCUUACAAGUUUGCAAGGAAAGAUUAAGCCGAGUGGACAAGCGAGCCGCCUGGAUGACGCAGGCCCUCAUCCGUGAUGCCCGGCAGAACAUAAAGGCCAAUGCCGAGCCUCCUGGCAUCCAGAGGCUUCAUCCCACGGUGCUGCUGGAGGCGCUGAGGCAUGAGCUUUGGGCCCAGACGCAGCUGCUGGCUCGGCAGGACACCAUCUGGGGACUGCACGCCUUGUGCAAGGGGACGACCUACAGGUUUGGAGAGGACGUGACGGAUGUCUUGGUAGCUCAAGUCGACGAGGCCACCAAGGCGCCAGAGGACUUCGUCUUUGGUAUUCCUGAGAGAUCGGAGAUGCCUCUCUCGCAACAUCCACGAUUGAGGCGAUACCAUCCUGACUACGAUUCUGCUACAGGUUUGGACCAUGACCCAGUCUGGAUGCAGCAAGAAGUGCAGCGUUGGGAUUCGGAGCUCUUCGAUCUCGAGCGUCGCCAAGCUAUUGAGGACAUGCUGGGAGACCGAGAUCCGUCUGCCUUCGGGCUCAGCCGUUGGGUCAGGGUCGAAAGCAGACCAGGAUGA